AUGCCAGCAAUUAAAGGGGUUCCCGAAAUGAUCCACGCUCUGUUUAAGGACUAUCCUUCUAGCGCAUUUUCCGCACCUGUCGUAGAAUUUGCGUUUGCCACUCUCAAGGAGGGGAAGGCAAUGAAAGAACUCGGACGACACCUUGAUCAGCUAACUGACCAAGACACAAAGACUGUGGUUUCUGCUACUUGGGGGCCAGUACUGGAGAAUCGACGUGAAACAUUGAUGAUUGUUGGAUGGCAAUCUAUAGAGGCUCAUCAGGAAGCCGCCCAGAACGGAACACCAGAGAUUGGAAACCUUAUUGAGCAGAUAAUGGAGCUAUCCACGCUUCUUGUUAAGCAUGCCGUGUUGCAGGAAUAUUGA